UAACAGUUCAGACAUACAAGUGAGACUGUUCAGAGGGAUCACUUGAGCUAGCUAGCUUGACUAACAUGGCACGAGUUAGUACUGCUCUGGUGUUGAUUGCCUUCUUCGUUGUUUUUCCGAGCAUGGUUUUGGCGACACAAUAUGUUGUUGGAGAUGAUUUAGGCUGGAAUGGUGAUGCUGAUUACGAGGGUUGGGUUGCUGACAAAACUUUCUUUGUUGGAGAUGUUUUAGUUUUCAAUUACGUUGCAACUGACCACAACGUUGUUAUAGCUACUAAUGGUGACAAUUAUGACAAUUGUGUUGCAUCUCCAAACUUUGGUGUGUACGACAGUGGGAAUGAUGCAAUAACAUUGAAUGAAGCUGGAACUUACUACUUCUUAUGUUCAUAUCAUUGCGACUAUCUGCAACAGAAAGUUAUGGUCACUGUGAACUAGAUGAGAAAAUUUUACUCCAUCGAACAAUUUGGUUGAGCUCA